AUCGUUCGCUCGCUCGCUCGGUUAGGUUAUCCAAUCCGCCGCCAGGUGGGGAGAAAGAAGUCGGCGGCGGCGGCGGCGGCGCAUGGGGGAGAAAAAAAGAUGGCGGCGGAGGAGGGGGCGACGAAGACGUUCCUAGUCCAGAGCGAGGACGGCAUGAAUUUCGUGGUGUCGGACCUGGAGGCGAGCCAAUCCUGGGUCAUCGAUAGCGACACCGUCUGCUACGACGGCAAGCCCAUCCGCGUCGACGUCGGCGGCAAAACACUCACCAAGGUUUUCCAGUACUGCAAGAAGCACGCCUACUCCGACGGCUACGAUGUCAGCGCUUGGGACGCCAAGUUCAUCGCCAAGUUCAUCGGCGACCCGGGCCUCGAGACACUAUACGAUCUCAUCCUGGCUUCCAACGAACUUAAAAUCGAAGGACUGCUUGCACUGACCUGUCAGACUCUCGGCAAUAAGAUUAAGGGCAAGUCGCCACAUGAGAUCUGUGAUAUACUAAACAUCAGGGGUGUCUUCACUCCGCAAUUACAUGAAGAGCAUUCAAGUGGAUCUUGUGCUAGCCACACGGCUUUGGCAGCUAUGGGAAUCAUUGCAAAUUGGUGGAACCUAGAGCUAAAAUUGGUAGAUAAGGCCUUACAGGCUCUCCACGUAGUUCGUUGCCAGGAGUUCACCGGAUACGAGCCCAAGAUCAAUGGUUUAGUACGUCAUCGAUUCAACGACUUCAACCUAGCCUUCUUUGACUUGGAUAAAGAGACUAGCUUUUCCCGUGGCCCACCGCUUAACAACAAAACGCCAACGCGUGAGUCGGUCGUGAGAUCAUGUGUCAAUGUCGUUUCCUUGAAGGUAAGGGAAUCAGACGUUGGCUUUCCGGUCGACAUAUUUGGCACCGUUGUUGCAAGGGACUCUGUGGACUACAGAUGUGUCUAUCUGUUUCGGCGUGAAAGGGACGAUCCCCAACACAUCAGCUCGCCAGAUGAUAUGUUAUCUUUGACAGAUCCGUGUCGAGGGCUUGUCCCGGGAAGCAGUGUUUAUUUUGAGAUCGAUUUAAAGAUCAAGUGUGAUGGUUGUGCGGACAAAGACUUUAGCAAAGGCAUGGUAGAAUUCGAUUCGGUCCAUCUUUGUGAAGGCAAGGUGACCAUGACUCUUGGGCUAGGUAGUUGGCUGAGUUGGGUGGAGUUGUUAUGUGCACAGGUCUACUGGCCUGUGGAAGCCACAAUUGAAAUAAAUGUUUUGAAGGGGCCGUGCAAUAUCUCAAAGGUAGCUGCUUCGACUCCUGGAAACUUCAAGGAUCAUAUCAUUCUAUACGAAGCAGCGGGUGGCCCGACGGUAAUCGGUGACGGUGGCUCUGUUCCGUUGAAUCGUCGUGUUGUUGCUGUCACACGGGAGCAGAAGCUGGCGCUCUUUAUUGUGGGUGGCGAUGCACUUGAACACCUUGCCCUCACUCUAGGUCAUUCCCAAGAAAUGGUCAAUCGGAGGAUGGGCUGUGCUGAAGUGGAGGUGAAAGUUGCCUGGACAGCUGUCCCUAUAAGGAAGAGAUCUAAUAUGAUUAAGGUUGUGGCAAACCAGCGGCUAUUGCUGUGAUAAAAGUUGCUGUUUUUUCUGACGGUAUCCAAAAUGUAAGGUGUUAUUUCGACUAGACAAACAGCUAUUGAAUUAAUAUGUAUGUGGUUUAUGUGAUAUAUAUGAAACUGAAGUGUGGUACCAA